AUGGAAGAGCAAAGUGAGGAAAUGAAGAAGAUGAAGGCUGCUGUCCAGUUUUGUUAUGUUCCAUAUCCAUAUAACAAAGGGGUUCUUUCCAAGAUAUUAUUAGAUUGUUUUUCUCAAUUCACGUUGGAAAAUAAAAUCUCUUCUAUUGUUGUUGAUGACGCUACCACAAAUGAUGCAAUGAUGAAUGUCUUGAUGGAUAAACUAGAAACUAGUUAUUUAAUAUUGGGUGGAGAUUUUUUGCAUAUGAGGUGUAGUGUUCACAUUCUUAACUUGAUUGUGAGAGAUGGUUUAGAUGUCAUUGAUUUUGCUAUUUGCAAAGUUCGAGAUUGUGUUGCAUUUUGGAUGUCUACUCCUAAAAGAAUUGAAACGUUUGAGCAAGCUUGUCGCCUUUUGAAUGUGACUAAACCUAAAAGGGUGAGUCUUGAUUGUAAAACUAGGUGGAACACCACAUAUGAUUUGCUUGCCACUUUUUUGCCUUUUAAAGAAGUUUUUAAUAAGUUGAAAUGUCUAUAUAGAAGGUUGAAUUUUGAUGUGCCUAGUGAUCAUGAUUGGCAAAUGGCUACUCUUGAUCAUAUUAAUGAGCUUUUGGCAAUUGCGGGCAUUUUAGAUCCGAGAAAUAAGAUGAAUUGUGUGGUGCAUUAUUUUAAGAAAUCCUAUGGAGAUGAUGCCAAUGCUAAAGUGGAAAGAGUAAGAAAUAAUCUUUAUAAUCUUUUCGAUGAGUAUAAAAGUAAAUGUAAUGUGAAUGAACGUUCACCUAUGGAAGCACAAUUUGAGGAUCUUGGUGAUGAGGAUGAUUUUGCGAGGACUAAGAGACAAAAAAUUGAUUAUGUGCCCAUUAAAAGGGAAAUUGAUCAAUACUUAGAGAGUCAAAAUUUGCUAGAGGAUAAAGAAUUUAGUAUACUAGCAUGGUGGAAGAGAGACCAAAGGUACCCAACUUUAAGAAAAGUUGCCAAAAGACAUUCUUGCAAUUCUUGUCUCAUUGGUUACUUCGGAAAGUGCAUUUAA